AUGGCCGCCGCCGUCGUGAGCGACAAGGAUCUGCCGACCACCGCCGACGGCCCGAACCCGCCCAUGGACAAGGCGGGCACGGAGAUCAAGGCACGACGGGGCAGCAUGCGCAUGCCGCGCAGCGAGAGCUACGAGAAGCGCAUGGAGAAGUUCUUCAUUGGCUCCAUUGACCAGGGCACCACCAGCUCGCGGUUCAUCAUCUUCGACGGCACCGGCACGCCGGUCGCCAUGCACCAGAUCGAGUUUACGCAGAAGUACCCGGAGUCUGGGUGGCACGAACACGACCCGUGGGAGCUCGUGCAGACGGUAAAGGAGUGCAUCGAAGAGGCGACCAAGAAAUUCUUGAAGUUGGGACACCAGGUUGAGGACAUUAAGGCUGUUGGAAUCACCAACCAGAGAGAAACGGUUCUGGUGUGGGAUGCUGAGACCGGCGAGCCGCUGCACAACGCCAUCGCCUGGCCCGACACUCGCGUCACGCACCUGGUGCGUGAGUUCAAGGCGAAGGAGGGCGCCGAGGCGCUGCCCGAGCUUUGCGGUCUGCCGCUGUCCACCUACCCUUCUGCCGUCAAGCUCGUGUGGUUGAUCCGCAACGUGCCAGCCGUGAAGCAGGCCUACGACGAAGGCAAGCUGGCCUUCGGCACCGUCGACACGUGGCUGCUGUACAACCUCAAUGGCGGUAAGGAAAACAACGUGUUCGUGACUGAUGCCACCAAUGCUUCUCGUACCAUGUUCAUGAACCUGUGGACGCGCGAGUACGACGACAUGCUGUUCGAGUUCUUCGAGCUCGAGAGAAGCAAGCUUCGCGUCCCCAAGAUUGUCCCUUCGUCCUGCGCAACAUCCUUCGGCUGCCUUAGAGAUGGACCGCUCAAGGGCAUCAAGAUUGCCGGCUGUUUGGGUGACCAGUCCGCCGCGCUUGUCGGCCAGCAGGGCUUCAGCCCGGGCAGCGCGAAGAACACCUACGGUACCGGCUGCUUCUUGCUGUACAACGUCGGCGAGACCCCCGUCAUCUCGAAGCACGGCCUGCUGGCUACCGUCGCGUACGACUUCGGUCGAUCGAGGAAGCCCGUCUACGCGCUGGAGGGCAGUAUUGCCGUGGCCGGUUCUGGCGUGAAGUUCCUUAUGAACAACCUGGGCUUCAUCCGUGACUCGGACAAGGUCGGUGAGCUCGCAGCGAGCGUGGAGAACAACGGCGGCACCGUCUUCGUCACCGCAUUCUCCGGUCUGUUCGCACCGUACUGGAUCGACGACGCCAAGGGAACCAUCUUCGGUAUCACCCAGCACACCCAGCGUGGACACAUUGCGAGAGCCACUCUCGAGGCCACCUGCUUCCAGACCAAGGCUAUUCUCGACGCCAUGGAGAAGGACAGUGGGCACAAGCUCGGAGAGUUGGCUGUCGACGGCGGUAUGAGCAAGUCGGAGCUCUGCAUGCAGACGCAAGCCAACAUCAUCGGCAUUUCUGUCAACCGGCCUUCUAUGCGCGAGACGACUGCUCUCGGCGCUGCGAUCGCAGCAGGCUUCGCCGUCGACAUCUGGAAGGAGUUCGACGAGCUGAAGGACAUCAACCAGAAGGACCGUGUCAUCUUUGAGCCCAACAUCACCAAGGAGGAGAGCGCCAAGAUGUUCAAGAAGUGGAGCCGCGCUGUCGAGAUGUGCCGUGGCUGGCUAGACGCUGACGAGGGCGGUGAGGAGUGCUAG